GCCUUCAGCGAACAGUUGGUUGUCGUCAGUCCCUCCGAGAUCUCCAGUCUUAAGUUUUCAAUUUCAGAAAUCAAUAUGAAAUAUUUCGCUGCUCUGCUGCUGCUCUGCUGCCUGAUGGCAAGCGCUUUGGCCGCACUCAAGUCGCCUGUCUGUGGCGAGGAGUUUGGCAAGCUGGGCAACUGCAAGUCACUGCAGCAGAAGUGGACCUAUCGCAGGGACAACAACGAGUGCCUGCAGUUCAACUACAGUGGCUGCCACGGCAACAACAAUCUCUUUGACAGCAAGAAAAUCUGUGAGCAGACCUGCAAGGUUUAGGCCACAAUACCCCACCCUCUUCUCCCAUCCCCCUGCAUAUAAGUAGCUGUAAUGUGAAUAAAUUUCAAAGACUUGUAUCCUAA